ACACACACACACACAAACACACAAACCAUACUGCAUGUUUCACAACUCACAGCUUCUGUGUAUGCAUCACAUACUCCCUGGAGGACUUUACUUUUCUUCUUUCUACACGUGACUUAUUGUUAUGGAGUUUUGAAAGUGUUUAUCUUCCACUUCUUCUUCUUCUUCUAAUGUCAUCAGCAAGUAACUAAAAGAGAUGGAGGAGCUUCGACUUGCAUCAGCCUGAGGUUACAUUAUGAUUCUGGGCCAAACUGUCAACAUGAGUUUGAUGGACAUUUCUAAGAUCUUCUCCCUGCUGCAGCCUAAGGAGGAGGAUGAGGACAACGAGCAGUGUCAGGCCUUGAACAAUGCUGUAAGCAGUGACAACGUGACUCUGCUCACCGAGCUUCUGUCUCAGGAGAGUUUCAGGAGGUCUAUCAAUGCUCGAAGCGGGUGGGGGGUUCCAGUCACCCCCUUGCGCACUGCUGCCGCUCUAGGACACCUGAGGUGCUUGGAGUUGUUGUUGGAGCAUGGCGCAGAGAUUGACAGCCUGGAUGUAAAAGCCCAGACACCCCUUUUCACCGCCGUCAGUGGAAAACAUCUGGACUGCGUAGUUGCCCUGCUGAAGGCUGGAGCCGAUCCUAAUGGCAGUCAGUACAACAAUUGCUCCCCGGUGCUGACUGCCGCACGAGAGGGCGAUUUAGACGUACUCCGAGAACUGCUGAGGUUCGGAGCCGAAGUGGAUGUCAGACCCAAAGUCCCCGAGUGGGCCUCCAAUGCCACAACUUGCAGAGGGCCCCUGUACAUCUCAGCUGUUUAUGGACACUUGGACUGCUUUAAACUGCUCCUCCUCCAUGGAGCCAACCCAAACUACAACUGCACAGAUGAGAAGAUGCUGGCCCGGAUCAAGCAGCCAAAGACAGUUCUGGAAGUGUGUCUCCGUUAUGGCUGUGGGGUGGAGUACAUCCAACUUCUCAUAGACUUUGGGGCAGAUGUGUAUCUUCCUACACUGAUCAUUGACAAGACCACGAAGCAGAAUGAAGCUCUGGUUCUGCUGCUCAAAGAGAGAGUUUGUCCCAAAACACUGAUGUCGCAGACUCGGCUAGCAAUUCGAAGAUACCUCACCCUUGCCAAUAAUGACGCGGCCAUUGACAGUUUGGACAUUCCUCUUAUCCUGAGGAACUACCUGAAGCACAGCACCUCUGAACUCAUGUGAAGUUCAAGUUAGCACCAGAAUAAAUGGCCAGUGGACUUUUUUUAUAACCUCUUUGCUGUAUACUCAUGACUGUAUUAUUGAUUUGUUAGAUGUAGGACAAGACAACGGACACUCAUACAGCCAACCACCAUGUGUGAUACGUUUCUCAGGUUCCUUUGGAGAUCACUAUGCUGUCCCAGUGCUGUAAAUUCUUGUUUAUAUUAUUUAUUCAUCAAGAUUAAGGUUUGUGACUGACAUAUUUUAAGUUCAAAACAUAUUUAUCUCACCGAAGUGUCUUUGUCAAAAGAGAAAGAUGAUCAUCCUUGAUGGGCUCCAUGUUGGAAAAUCUACCCUGCCCUUGGGAGAUGUAACACCAUGGUUGACCACUAGAGACCACAGUAAUACUGCUUGUUGCUAUCAUUCAGCUCUGAAUGCUUCUCACUGGCAAAUUUGAGUAUCUGUUAAUACAUCUUUGCAUUACAUUUAGCUGUCAUAUCCCACAGGUGACAUUACACAACCAAAUAUAUAGCCUCUCUUCAAUUAUGUAGACAUCCAGACAUAACUGGAGAACGCAGUGACAGUGUCUGCAACGCGCCAGGAUGUCUUAGAUCUUGCUUGAAAAACAGUCUUGGAUCUUCAAAACAUUCGGAAGCGGAGUGAUCUGCUGUCACUGCAUCAUGGCCAGCUGGGAGAAUAAAUUUACAUGAGUCUCAUUACUUAUUGAUUGCUGCAUAGUUGUUUGCAGGCCACAAAUUGUGGUUUGAUGUUUGUUUAAAAUGUUCUUUUGUGACUGUGACACCAAUCCCGAUGAUGUUAGCGUCUCAAGUUUGUGCUGUACACCCUUAAACCUUUUUUUUUUUUUCUGUAAACAGGAAUUAAUGAGUCAGUUUGUUGGAAUGGGGCCUACAAACAGGAAAUGAUGUCAGACGACAGGAAACCCCCAGCACAAUGCCCUUACUCACACAUUAACGCCUCAAACACGCAGGUUCUGUAGAGGUUUUAUUUUCAACAAAAGUACAGCUAUAUCAGAUAUGGAUUUAUUUUUACAGCAAAGUACAACAUAUUCCCAGUGCUUCUGAUUACAUCAAAACAUAUAAUGUACAUACAGUUGACAUCUCCACUCUCCCAUUCACAGUUUCUGGAUUGAAUAGGCAUUAUUUUUCAGGUUUUUCAUUUCUACAACAAAUAAUCAAACUCAAAAGGCCAGCAAGAAAGAAAAUGACAAAUGUUUGCAUAUGGUGACAAAGGAUAUGGAUAGUGUGAGUUAAAAUCUUCUGUGAUAGGCAAAAAUCCAGACCUCAAACUAGAUGGUAAUAUACAAUGAGUAGAUUCCAAAAAGUGGGAUAUCAGUCUUCUCUUAACCUUGUAGUCAUUGAACACCACAUCAACAUAUGGCUCAUUGAAGACUCUGUUGUACCCUGACUAUUCUGAAACAAUACAGGACUGCAUAACCAACCGCAAGGAGUUCCUACUGAAGAUGUUGCUAUGUUAAAUGUGAGUGAGCGCGGUUAGCCGCUCGUGUACACCCUGGACUAAAAGAAACGACAUAAAUCUAAGUAACCUCUGAUGCAUCUGAUCGGCAGUCUGCUAACUUGACUGUCGUGGUUUUGUGACCGGAAAGAGAAAAAAUAAAAUUAAAAUAAAAAUAACAACAGAAAUCUUCAAAGAAGGCUGUCCUCUCAGCUCUCAGUACAAGGUCAGGAUGAUAAUUAUAUAAGAAAAUAAAACCAAUAUAUACAUCCUUUAAACAAUGUGGCCAAAAAUGGUACUAUUCAAUACUGCAUUCAAUAAAUACAAGUGAGGAAUUAAUUUGUACUGUCAAGUCAUUGUACUUCAAAGAAUCAUUUCUUAAGUAGAAACAAGAGCAUGAUAUGAAUUGCAAUGAAGUACUACGUGUGUUUUGUGUGUGUGUAUGCGUGUAUGUGUGUGUGUGUGCGUCUUCAGGAUUAUGUUUAUUUUUAGCUCAUCCCGAGAGGUUUCGCAUUUAUUCAGCUCUUCUGCUUGACUACAAAUCUAUACACAAACACCCAUGAUCAGUGCUAACUCCUAUUUGGUUCACUGUUGUCAUAGAAAAAUUAUACCCGUUUUGCCUCAGCGGUUGAUGGUAUUCCAAAAAAACAAAA